CUGUUUUUUUUUGACAUACGCGUUACGCGUCUUUUGUUGUCUCUCUCACACCCUCAAUUUUCUCGACGUUCUUAUUCUCAAUUCUGCAUAACUUUGUCGGCACGUGUUUUGGCAUACUAGGGCCCACAUCAGAGCAUGGCGAUUGUGCAAGGAUGGCUGCCGCCGUCGCGGGAGAACUGGGAGCUGCUGUGCUGGAUUUGGCAAUUCUUUCCGUUGUUUACCCUGGCGCAAUGGGUGCUCGAUUGGUACCCUCAAGGCAAAACUUCGGUCGAGUCACGGUUCAAUGUCAAUGGAAAGAUUGGAUGGGCGACGAUGGAGUCGGUGGGCUUCAUAGUGCUGUUGUAUAUCAUGAUAGCGCUGCCAAAGGAGCUGGGGAUUGAAGAGUUGCCAUGGGGUAAUUGGACCAUGGCUGGAUGCUUUGUAAUCCACUACCUCUACCGCGCAAUCCUGUCGCCUCUCUUCUUGAAUCCGAGCAUGUCACCGAUGCACUUGUUCGUGUGGGUAGCGGCAGCUGUAUUUCAACUGUGCAACGCCAUCUCUAUUGGGGGGUACCUUGCAGGUUAUGGGCCAACGUCGCAGUACGAAUGGGCAGGGCGUACAGAGUGGAUGUUUGUUGGGCUUGUUGUGUGGUGCUGGGGACUAAUGGGAAACAUGUUCCACGAUGACGACCUGCGGGAAAUUAGGAGAGCGGCGGAUCGGAGGCAGCGCAAGAUGGCCAAGGAAGAGGGCAAGGCGGUGGAGAGCGUGGACAAGGUAUACAUGAUACCAAAGAACGGCCUGUUCAAGUACGUAUUGUAUGCACACUACCUGUGCGAGUGGAUUGAGUGGGCAGGGUGGUGGAUGAUUGGGGGGUGGAAGUGCCAUCCGGCGCGCUCGUUCCUGCUCAACGAGAUUUCUACAAUGGUGCCACGAGCGGUGCAGGGCAAGCGGUGGUAUGAGAAGAAGUUUGGUAAGGAGAAGCUCGAGGGUCGCAAGGCGGUGAUCCCUGGGCUGGUAUGAUGGGUCACGGGGUUUGUUUUGUGCACGGGAGGAGGAAGGAGCGAGGGGCUAGCUAGUGAGUAAGCUCGUAGGAUUGGAUAAUAGUGAAAACAAAGGGGCAAGCAAAGAGAAGCACGGCAUGGCAUGGCAUGGCAUAAAUCAAAUUGGAUGGGUAGAGUGUGUUGAUGAUGGAUGCGUUGUGAGUAAUGGCGGGUAAAGGGCUGUUGUUGUAGUGGUGGUGUGAGGCGGUUAAUCUACUACUACUACUUAUUAGAUGGAGUACAUGGACGUAUAGAGUAGGUGGGUGUUGUUGUUGGCAGAUGGCGCAUUGCAGCUUCCUAUUACGAAACAUGGGUAGGCGGCUGGCAACACCUGAGUCGUGGAUAAAGCAGAGAGAGGCAGGCCGGACGCGGUGACACGAGAGCAAGUGCAAGCAAUAGAGGCUGCUGGCUGCAAG